AUGAGAAGACCUAAAUCCAAGCAGUUUCGCAAACAACAACGCCUCUCAGAAGAAGAUGAGAUUAAGCAAUUGAAUUCAUGGAUUCAGUUCCAGAAACCAGAUUCCGGUUCCAACCCAAUGUCUCUUCCACCUCUCCCCAAAAACUCCCCCGUCGGUCACCUCGGCGACAAUACGUUCUCCCGCUACGCCGGCGUCGUGCGGUUUGAGCAGUUGCCACUGUCGAAGAAAACUAAAGACGCAUUGCGAAGCUCCAAGUUCGUUUCCAUGACUGAUAUUCAAAGAGCUUCUCUUCCUCAUGCACUCUGUGGCCGUGAUGUUCUCGGUGCCGCGAAAACUGGCUCCGGGAAAACACUUGCUUUCAUUAUCCCAGUGUUGGAGAAAUUGUAUAGAGAGAGAUGGGGACCUGAAGAUGGGGUUGGGAGCAUAAUAAUAUCACCUACAAGAGAAUUAGCUGGUCAGAUAUUCGAGGUGUUGAAUUCUGUCGGGAAGUACCAUGGUUUUAGUGCUGGUCUCCUCAUUGGUGGUCGUAAGGAUGUUGACACUGAGAAAGAACGUGUCAACGAGCUCAACAUUUUGAUCUGCACACCUGGUCGCCUUCUACAACACAUGGAUGAAACUCCUAAUUUUGAUUGUUCACAGAUGCAGGUUUUGGUACUAGAUGAGGCUGAUCGUAUUCUUGACAGUGGAUUCAAGAAGGCACUAAAUGCAAUCAUCUCACAGUUACCAAAACGUAGGCAAACUAUGCUUUUCUCAGCAACUCAAACAAAGUCAGUUCAAGAUCUUGCAAGACUAAGUUUGAAGGACCCAGAGUAUCUGAGUGUACACGAAGAGUCUGUGGCUGCCACUCCUACUCUCUUGAAGCAAAUUGUGAUGAUUGUUCCUCUGGAUCAAAAGUUAGAUAUGCUGUGGACUUUUAUAAAGACUCAUCUACAGUUCAAAACAAUUGUCUUUCUAUCAAGCUGUAAACAGGUAAAUUAUGUGUAUGAGGCAUUUAGAAAACUUCACCCUGGCAUACCGUUGAAGUGCCUCCAUGGGAGGAUGAAACAGGAAAAAAGAAUGGCAAUAUAUUCCGAUUUCUGUGAGAAUCGGUCAGUUCUCUUCUCAACUGAUGUGGCUGCAAGAGGUCUUGAUUUUAAUAAAGCAGUUGACUGGGUUGUUCAGGUAGAUUGUCCUGAAAAUGUAGCAUCUUACAUACAUAGAGUUGGCCGUACUGCUCGUUAUAAAUCUGAUGGAAAGUCAGUUUUAUUUCUAUUGCCUUCAGAAACUCAAAUGCUUGAAAAGUUAGAAGCAGCAAAGGUUCCGGUGCAUUUAGUCAAGCCAAAGAAAGAAAAACUGCAACCAGUGUCCAGCUUGUUGGCAUCUUUACUAGUCAAAUACCCAGAACUUCAGCAGCGAGCCCAAAGGGCAUUUGUCACCUACUUGAGAUCCAUCCAUCUCCAAAAGGAUAAAGAGAUCUUUGAUAUUUUGAAACUUCCUAUUGACGAGUAUUCAGCAUCAUUAGGUCUACCGAUGACCCCCAAAAUUCGUUUUAUAAACCAGAAACUUAAAUCUAAAGCCGUGUCAACAAAAUCAGAUUUAGCUGAACUAGUGGAUCCAAACCAGGAAAAUGUCUUAGAAGGUUCUAGAGAAAAGCUAGACACAAUUGUUUUCAAAGACGAAGAAAUUGAAAAUGAUCUUCUUCAAGCAGCUGAUACCUCAAAAGAAGACGACACAAAGUCAGCUGAUAUUGGAGAACUAAUACCAGCAACUCGUUUAUUAAAGAAAAAAAAGCUCAAGAUUAAUUUGCAUAGGCCACUGGGUAGUCGAGUUGUAUUCGAUGAUGAAGGCAACACACUUCCUCCACUAGCCAGGAUUGCUGGCACACAAAGUGGCAAGGAUUCAUUGCUAAUUGAUCCAGAACAAAAAGCUGAAUACUAUAAAAGGAUGCGAGAGGAUUUGAAGAAGGCAGACAAGGAAGACAAACUUGUAGAGCGUCAGCGACUUAGAGAAAAAAGAACCAAGCAGAAAAUGAAAUGGAAGACUGAUAAUAUGGACGAAGAGGACAACCGAGAUAAUAUCUCUGGGUCAGAAGACGAAACUGUAAAUAAACACCAUAAAAAGAGUAAAAUAUACUUUGAUAGUGACAGUGACGAGGGUGAAAGAAAAGAAGUCCCAGGUAAUCAAGGUAUUACUUUGCAGGAGCAAGAAGCAUUGGCUUUGAAGUUGUUGCAGUCCAUGCAAGCGUAG